AUGAACAAGAAGCUGAAGAUGUACAAGGUCGUCAUCCUCCCGACGCUGCUAGACGGAGCGGAGACUUGGACGGUGUACACAAAGCAGGCACGGCGACUGAACCACUUCCACCUCAGUUGUCUUCGCCGCAUCCUGAGGCUGAACUGGCAGGACCGCAUUUCCGACACCGAUGUGCUGGAACGGACGGGAAUCCUCAGCAUCUGCACCAUGCUGAGACAAAUGCAGCUGCGUUGGAGCGGCCACCUAGUGCGCAUGGAUGACGAGCGACUACACAAACGACUCUUCUACGGAGACGUCGCGACGGGUUAUCGCCGCCAAGGUGGUCAAAUUCGCCGAUACAAGGACACCCUGAAGUCCUUCCUGAAACGCCUGCAAAUCAACCCGACCGACUGGGAAGAGCUCGCCCGCGAUCGUCCGACAUUGUGGUGAACAGUGAAGACGGGUUCUGCUAUCCACGAAGCCAACCGCAUCGCUGCCGCCAAAGCGAGACGCGAAUCCCGCAAAUCCCAACUGCGCCCAGUACGCAACGCCGACGCACAACCGCUGCCAACGUGUCCUCGAUGUCAACGGACAUUCGGGGCGUCAAUUCUUUGAUAUAGAAUUUGGUCCAAAAGGGCUCUGAUGAUGCCAGCCGCUUGAAUAAUACCGGAGCAUAGCACUAAAAAUAAUCAAAUUUAUAAAAGAUAGCAUCAUUGAUAAACAUAGAACAGAUAGUUAUAUUCUUUCUUUCCUCCCUUUCUCGUUUUCAUCAGCUAUGUCACCUGACAUUAAAUAUCCCUUAUGAAGCUAAUAAAAAUAUACCCUUCGAUAAAACCCUGCAUAUAAGUCGUGCGUAUGUCUAUAUUAAGGCCAUAUUAAACAUAUAUACAACUAUAUUAGGUCAUAGUAAACAGUCGACCAGUAAUCCUGUAAUUUCACAUUAACAAGAAAAAUAUGAUACAUGAUUCAAUAGUAUUUUGACAGUUUUGAUUGUGAAUUACCAUUGAAUGCUUCUUACUCCUGAUAUAUAUUCAUCUUUUCCAGCUCAUAGUCCAGACGACGAUGGUAAGCCUCCUGAAAAACAGGUAGGAACUGUGCGACCGCCCCCUCACGGCUGGCCAGAUAGACUGACAACCAGCAACUAAAGCACACCGAAAUUUACCCAACUGGAAAAUUAUUUCAAGGUCAGGCCGAUAUCAAAAUUCUUCAAUUGCCAUGAAGGACAUAUUAUUCAUGCCCCCAAAAACUACCAAACUGCAAACUUCAAUUUUUAUAUUGUACAUAUCGUUAUUUUUUAAAACAUUUGUUAUUAUUUUCCCUUAGAACUGAGGUUUUUUUUAACUUAAAACAAACUCUCAAUUCGUGCUCUUUUGGCUAAACAGACACCCAAAACAAAUGAAGUCAAAGUGCAGUUGAAAUUGGUGAGUUUGUUUUGGGUUAUUUUCCUGAGUUCAAAGGGGACUGACAGUGCCCAAGGGGCGCUACAAUAAACCAACAACCGUCCCUCCACCCGCCUCUUCCUCGUCCUCUCUGCCGCCAACUACCUCUGGCAAUUCUUCCGAACCAGCACUCCCAUCAUCCUCCUCCUCCUCCUCCUCCACCAUCACCACCACUGCCCCAGCGACGGCCGCUCAGUCGACCAUCUCGCACACCACCGACCCUGACACAACCUCCGACACCACCCCCACUACCUCGGACUCCAGCGAUGAGGAUCAGGACUAUACCUGCCCUCACUGCGACUGCACCUUCACCUCACACAUUGGCCUGGUCGGUCACUUGCGAAUCCAUCGCACAGAGACUGGCGAGCCAGUGCCUGGAGCACCAACCUACACCCACUGCACUCGCCUCCACUGCCCACACUGCCCACGCAUACUCAGUCAGCGCAUGGGCCUAUUCGGCCACAUGCGCACUCACGAGAGCGGAAUUGACUACAAUUCCGACACACCAACCACAUCCAAAACGCUCACCAUGCCCAGUACCACCCUCGCUCCGUCGUCCUGUGCGCCCAUCAUCACCUCCACCACCGCCGCCUCCUCUGCAGCUGACACCGACACCGUCGACCUCUCAUGCUCACACUGUCCACGCAAGUUCAACUCACGCAUCGGCCUGGUCGGUCACUUGCGAAUCCAUCGCACAGAGACUGGAGAACCAGUGCCUGGAGCACCAACUUAUACCCACCAAGCUCGCAUCAACUGCCCACACUGUCCUCGCACUUUCAGGCAUCGCAUGGGCCUAUUCGGUCACAUGCGCAUCCCCGACGACCUGCGGUAG